GACGCUCACCCCGGCGGGAGCAGUCGACGCCCGCCGCGACCUGGUGCACGCUCCCGCCAUGGCGCCCGCCCGGACCGCGCUCCCCCGGCUGCUGUGCGCAGGUGUCCGGUCCGCGCGGCGAUGGCCCGGCUUCCUGCGGAAGGCGACCCCAGGCCCGGCUGGGCCAAGCGGCAGGAUGCUGACGGGAGCCCCGAACCCUGCACGCAGCGAACCCCAGGACGACCACGAUCUCCAGCGCAAGAUCUUGGAUUUACCACUGAAACAUUCUGACUUCUUCAAUGUCAAGGAGCUGUUUUCCGUGAAGAGCCUCUUCGAGGCCAGAGUGCACCUGGGACACAAAGCUGGCUGCCGGCACAGGUUUAUGGAGCCAUACAUCUUUGGGAGCCGCCUGGACCAGGACAUCAUUGACCUGGAGCAGACAGCUUCACAUCUCCAGCUGGCCUUGAACUUUACAGCCCAUGUGGCCUACCGCAAAGGCAUCAUCCUGUUUGUGAGCCGUAACCGGCAGUUCAUGCACCUGAUUGAGAAUACAGCCCAGAACUGUGGCGAGUACGCCCACACCCGCUACUUCAAGGGUGGCUUGCUGACCAACGCACAGCUCCUCUUUGGGCCCGAGGUCCGUCUGCCAGACCUCAUCAUCUUCCUACACACGCUCAACAAUGUCUUUGAGCCCCACGUGGCUGUGAGGGAUGCAGCCAAGAUGAACAUCCCCACGGUUGGCAUCGUAGACACCAACUGCAACCCAUGCCUCAUCACCUACCCCAUCCCGGGCAAUGAUGACUCACCUCCAGCUGUCCAUCUCUACUGCAGGCUCUUCUGCACAACCAUCAACAGGGCCAAAGAGAAGAGGAGGCAGAUGGAGAUUCUGUAUCAGCUGCCGAGUGUCAAGAGGGCCGAGGACAGUGGGACAGCCAACUAAUCAUCUGAGUAGACAAGAGGCGUUCCUCAUGACAGGCCACCCUGCCCCUUAUACACCAGCUAGGAAGGCCUAUUCUGAGCAGGAAACUGCACUGUGCUGGCUCCUGUCCCCAUCAGCCAUCUUUGGCAUCAGGGUCCUGUGUUUCCUGAAUAUGGCUACCCCAGGGCCGACAACCUGAGCUAAUUCUUGGCUGCCUCUUUUCUGGGGACAGUCUCGGGUUAAUUGCGCGUCUCACAUAGCCUCUCGCUGCCAUUAGGACAGGGACCUGGCUGGCCCAGUGGAUUGCCUAAAGACACGGUUCUCCCCGCCCCAGAAGCUUCCACCUCAGCAGGGCGUCUGUGCCAGGCAGUCCAGCUCACUUCUUGUCUCAAUUAAAUUAUUUUCCUCCUGUAAUUCCAACACUUGGGAGGUGGAAACAGGAGGAUCAGGAGUUCAAGACCAGCCUGGGCUACAUGAGACCCUGUCUCAAGAAAAAAAAAGACAGAAAAAGUCAGUUUUUUAAGAAUUUUUUACUCCUGUUCUGGCAGUCUCGUUUUAUCAGGGGCUGUUUUGCAAUGUGAUGUUGCAGCAGGAAUCAUGGGGAAGCUCAGCCAGAGCACACAGGCAGGGUAAAGCAGGUAGACAGAGCUACGCAGAAAUAGCCUUUUGUCAGUAGCACAUGCCCGGGAGCCCUCAGCCUGUAAGUGGCAUUUGUCACUUGUGUGCUAGGGACUCUGUAGAGUCAGCAGUGGUAACAGGUAUCUGAGGAGGCAGCAGCAUGGUGCUUGUCCUCCCACAGGCUGGGUGUGAACAACUGAGUGCCCAUCAACUGCAUGUCCCUGUUGUAAGGAAGGACACAGCGGUGGGCCUGAGACAGGCUGCAGGUAUCCCUUCAGAUCGCUAGUGAUUCUUGGGAUUUUUGCCGCCCACCCUGCUCACCCUAACCCCUCAGGAGCGGUACACAGGGUACUGGGCUGCAACCCAUGUAUACCAAGCUCUUACAGGGGAGGGGGAGGGUGGGCAGGGCUCGGGGCUGAGUGGAUUAGAGGUCACCAUACAGAGUGCCUAGGUGCCACAGCUCAGGAUGUGAGCACCAAGACCCAAAUGCUUGUUCAAGCUCGGUGGCAACCAGCCCAGCUUUCACUCAAAGCAUAAGUCUACACAGGCCAGUGGUCUGCAGGGCAGUUAAAGGCCACAAGAUUCCCCUUGGCAUAAGCAGACGAGGCUCCCUGAGCUGGGCCCUGUGUCACAUGGGACUGAGGUUUGGGGAAACUGUGGCCUUGAAACAACAGCGAAGGGUCCCUGGCAGGAGUUGCUGAAACGGGGCUCGGCUCUGGAGUGUUUGCUACAGGGUUCAGCCAGGGGGCCUCACCCGGAUCCCCCAGAACCCUUAGGGUUGGGGUUGGAGGAAGCCCUCCAGGUAGAAUGUCCAUCAACACCCAGCAGGCACAAACCACAGGGCGGCAUCCAUGCUGCCCUAGGUCUCGGGCAGCCAGAACUACAGCUCCACGGAGACUGCUGGGAGAAUCCUGUGUUACUGGGAGGGCUCAGUGCUGGCUGGGAGACUGGGGUUUGGCCCGUUAGGCUGUGCACAGGGCAGCUCACCAUCUCUGGGAUUUGGAAUGAGGAAUGAGGGAAAAGAGGGAGGAAAUGGAAGAGAAAAAACCUGGAGGGGAAGCCGCCGGGCAGGAGUCGCAGAGCCCACAGCUGGGCCUUGGGAGUGGUACUGUACUGUUGCCUGUUCCAUUGGAAGGUAGGCUCUGACUCUGGACCCCCAAGUGGAGGGGACUACAGGAUGUGGCUUCCAAGAGGCUGCAGUCACUGAGCCCCACUGAAGGGAAGGUCUGUUCUCCAGAGGCGGGAGGCCUCCGAAUCACCAGAGGGGAAAUGACUAGGUCCUGCGGGAUCCCAAAUCUGGAUAAAGCCAUGCUCUGUCUUCUGCCCAGCAGAAGUCCUGUCCUUCCACUCUCUGGAAAAAGUAUCCUUUUUGAUACAAGAUCUUAUGUCGCUGAGGCUGGCCUUGGAUAGCCAAGGAUAAAAAGAAAAAAUUAUUACAUCCUA